CACCUUUCACUACCAAUAUUGGCCACAACUGCCAUGCACCCACAUGGUGGUUGCUAAUUAUAUGUGCGCUAUAAAAUGUACAGAAUCUUUCUUCUUUCUUCCCAGUUAAUUUUCUUGAGAAUAGCUACUUUUAAAUGGGUUGUAAGGCAGCGGCUCUUUUGAUUCUUCUUAAUCUCAUAUUUCUCGCUUGCGCUUCUUCUGAUAAGGCACCAGCAUGUCCCCCUCCAAAAGUGCCCUCUUCAUCACCUCCCUCUGCACCAAAGAAGCAGGCCAAAUGCCCCAGGGAUACGCUGAAGUUUGGGGUUUGUGGCAGCUGGUUAGGGUUGGUUUACGAGGUUGUUGGGACUAAACCAAGCAAGGAAUGCUGUAGCCUCAUUAAAGGCCUUGCGGAUCUCGAAGCUGCAUUGUGUUUAUGCACAGCUAUAAAGGCUAAUGUGGUAGGAGUUGCCAAACUUCAAGUGCCUGUUGCUAUUAGCUUGCUUCUUAGUGCAUGUGGGAAACAGGUUCCUGAAGGCUUCAAGUGUGCUUAGAAUCUGUGUCUCUCCAUAUCUAUAAUCCAUUGAACUUUAGUUUUUGGAUUGAAAUAUGUAGAAGCUCUGUUUUCUUUUUAAUAAAAUCCAUCUAAUUAAUGUCCUCAAA